UGCUGUUCGUUGAUGCUGUCGGCCUGCUGCCCCUCCCCCGACCCGACUCCUCAGCGACCCGGCCCUGCAGGCCAGCGGCUCCAGCCCGGCACCCGGGACUCUGGACGCCGUGACCCUGUCCUCCGCCUGUCCGCCCGGGAGCAGCCUCAGACCGCGCAGCGCUCCGCGUGGCGACAUGGGAAAGUCAUUUUCUCAUUUACCUUUGCAUUCAAAUAAAGAAGAUUCUUAUGGUGGAGUCACAUCAACUGAAAAUAUGAGGAAUGGCUUGGUUAAUGGUGAAGUCCAUAAUGAAGAUGGAAGAAGUGGAGAUGUCUCUCAGUUUCCAUAUGUGGAAUUUACAGGAAGAGAUAGUGUCACUUGCCCCACUUGUCAAGGAACAGGAAGAAUUCCUAGGGGGCAAGAAAACCAACUGGUGGCAUUGAUUCCAUAUAGUGAUCAGAGAUUAAGGCCAAGAAGAACAAAGCUGUAUGUGAUGGCGUCAGUGUUUGUCUGUCUGCUCCUUUCUGGAUUGGCUGUGUUUUUCCUUUUCCCUCGCUCCAUCGAUGUGAAAUACAUUGGUGUAAAGUCAGUAUAUGUCAGUUAUGAUGCUCAACAGCGUGCAAUAUAUUUAAAUAUCACGAACUUGCUAAAUAUAACGAAUAAUAACUAUUAUUCUGUUGAAGUUGAAAACAUCACUGCACAAGUUCAGUUUUCAAAAACAGUUAUUGGAAAGACACGCUUAAACAACAUAACCACUAUUGGUCCACUAGACAUGAAACAAAUUGAUUACACAGUACCUACUAUCAUAGCGGAGGAAGAGAGUUACAUGUUUGAUUUCUGUACACUGGUAUCCAUCAAAGUGCAUAACAUAGUACUUAUGAUGCAAGUUACAGUGACAGCAGCAUACUUUGGACACUCUGAACAGAUAUCCCAGGAGAGGUACCAGUAUAUUGACUGUGGAAGGAACACAACUUACCAGCUGAGGCAGUCUGAAUAUCUAAAUGUACUUCGGCCACAACAGUAAAAACUGAAAGACAUGCAUCUAGAGAAUACCUACUGAUUAUUUUCUGAGCUCUUAAGGAUGAGGUACUUACUUCCUUAUAGGAGAUCCUUAAACAUAAACUGAAUGAACAAACCUAAAGUUUACACUACGAGUACAGUUAAAAUUAUGUGGACUUGCAGGUUAUUGCAACUCUCUGUUAUGUGUUGAUGAUAUUUGUACCAGGAUCUUUUACUCAAAUCUAAAUUUACUGAUUGGUUUUCUUCUCCCUUUCUCCCUUUCUCCCUAAAGGGGAAGACUGAGACUCCCUUAUAGGACAAUAAAUUAUUACUUAAAAUUCACAGCUCCAGUUAACUAAAAACAUAAUUUUGGUGAUGAACACACUUUGAGAAACUAUUUCUGAAUGUUUUAUAAAAUAUUGCUGACAGCCUAUUAUUCAUGAAAGACUUUUAAAGAAUAAUAAUUUUUUCCCAUUUUAUAAAUUCCCAUUGCUACCUGGUAGUAAUUCAACUAUAUAUCUUUGCUUUUUAGCUGAACAUUUAUAGUUUUUCAUUUGUUGAAAUUCUACCCAUUUGCAGUUUUUUAGUCUUAUUUCAAGCCAGGGCUUGCAUAACACUUAUAAGCUGAAAUAAUUGUGGCAAAAUUCUGUACGUAAUAUUUUUUAAAGCUCCUAAGUGUAUUAUUUCACACGUCUUCCCAUGUUACAGUUUUGUGAAGUUUUUGUGUAAUCUUCAAAUAUAGUUAAUGUACAAUACUAUAAAUAAAUUGUGCAUGGCUUUUAUACAGCUUUAAUAAAUGUUAAGUAAAGUGGUACAGAUUCAAAUAAAGUUGCUCAUAAAAUAAAUAAAACAGGAAAAUGAAAUUCAGAAGCUUAUAGAAUGUGAAUAUGGUUCCAGUUACAUAUUGGAUUGGGCAUCAAGUAGAUUUGAAAUAACUAUUUUGAUGCUCCACUUUCUUUUAAUGUUGCUUUUCCUACUAAAGAAUCAUGAGGACACUUAGUAGUUUUCACAACUUAAGGUACCCAAGUCAUCAAUUAUAUGAAUGUUUGAGAGGAGGAAAUUAUUUCUUUGGUAGAAAUUAUCCAAGAAAUCCUGUCAUUAAAUGAUGGUAGCUAUAUCAAAUAAAACCUGUAUUACAUUUUUAAAAAUUUAAUCACUUUGCACAUCAUGUGGAUAUGAUGCCUCUAGCAGUUACAUUUUUUAUGUUUUCUACUUUUAUUUUGGAUUUUAUUUAAAGUUAUUUUCAAGUAUAAAUUACUGACUUAGUCACUUUGCUGUUUAAUAUUUUCAGUACCAUUUUCCAUUUGGACCUUUGCCUUUUCAUUUACCAAGUUCUAAAAACCUGUUCAGUACAUAUCACUGAGUGUAGGGGCUGUGAUACCAAAAAACUUAAGUGGCUUGAGAUUAAUUUCUUUCUAUUUUCUAGUGACAGAAAUCAGGUUCCCCCAUUUCACAUCCCCCAAAGUGCCUAACUUAGGUCUGAAACCUGCCUACUUAUCAGUGUCUGACUCUCAGUCAGUUUCUACAUGUCUAACCAGUCACCUAUCUAGUUUCUCAUUUAGCUAGGGACCUAGAGGUAGCAGUAUUUCAGUGACUGUGUGUGUAAAUCAAAAAAUGUUACAAGAUUAUCUAUCAUAUUGUUUUGUUCUCACUUUGUCCUCAUGUCCCAAUAAGUUCAAAAUCACCACUUAUUUCUUCAAAAGCAUCCUUCAUAAAUGCCUCCUUCAAAAAUCAGUUCAGAUUUAUUUUCUGCUUUGUAUCUCUUAACCUUGAAAAAUUGUAUGAUGUAAAUUAAUUUUUCUAUUGAUCUGUGGUUCUAAUAUCCCUUUUAGAGUACAUGCAAAGUAACUGCUGAGAAGGCAGGAAAGUGAGGAAACAUUUGCUUUUAGUGACUUAGUUUUGAAUGUUUUUCUCCAUUCUUUAAGAACUUUUUUUAUACCCACUUUCUGUGUAGUUUUAAGUCAGAAAAAAACUAGAAUUUUUAAUAUGUAAAAAACCAGUAGUACAGAAAUAAUGAUCAUCUGUGACUUCUUUUAGAGAGGGUUAAGUAACUUGCAUGGUAAGCCUGGGGCCAAGCAGGCUGUAAAUCAGUAAAACUACCAAAAAAAAAAAACAGAUUCAGGAGAAAAGAAUUAUAGCCUUUAGAAAAAUCUGGAAAGAAUGAAGGAGGCUUUAGCUGUUCUUAGGUCAUGUCCAAUGCAGUUUCUUAAAUGGUGAUAAGAUAGAUACUGAUACAUUUUUCAAACUGCUCUCAAACCUUAUCCAAAGGGCAUGGUAAAGAUGUUGCAGUUUUUUUUCUAAUACUUCCAAGAGUAACUUGCUCUUAAAUUACACCUUUAAUGGACUGGCCAUUCUAACCAAAUACUAUAACAAGUCUCUGUGUGUUGAUAGUACAUGUAUAUAGCACUAUGCCCUUUUCAGAGCUCUUUCAUGUGUUUUUCUUACAUUAUUUCCCAUAGUCCUAUGAGUCAGACAAAGGAGUGGGGUAAGAUCCUCAUUUUUUAGAAGUGAACAGAGAGGCAUGGAAAAGUUGAGGGACUUGAUGAGAUCACAUAUUUAGUAAAUAGAUUAUCAUUGGGACCAGAUCUACUUUUUCUGUAUCACAUAUUUGUGCUCUGUCAUUUAAAAUAGAGUUCAUUGGAAAGCCCUUGUUGAUUCAGGUUACUGUGAUUAAAAAUUAAAAACAUUCACACAGUUAAUAAUGAAAGUCAAAAUAAUACUGAUGGGCUAAGAUUUGGGUACCUUUAAGUGUGGUACCUGAAAUAUUUUAAAUGGGAAAUGAGCAGUUGUAAAAUAUUUUGGAGCAUAAUCUGUAGCUUAAUUUUUAUUAAAAAUUAGUACUCCUGGAUCAUGCCAAUAAAGAUAUGGCUGAUAUGUUGUCAGAAUAGACUAUUAUAAAUAAUAGAGAUUAGUGUAUUUGAGAUUUGAAAUAACAGUAUGAAAAUAUUAGACACCUGAUAUUAGACACCUGAUAUGACUUGUAGUACAUUAUAUAUAUAUAUAUAUAUAUAUAUAUAUAUAUAUGACUAUGGUUUUGUCUGCAGUUUUCUAUGCUUUUUUGUUUGUUUUGGCCAAUGGGGUAAUUAUUUUCUCUAAAAAUUGAUGACAAAAUAAAAUUCACUUCAUAUCUUCUGAACUGUAGUUUGGAAAUGACACAGUGCAAUGUUAAAAUAUAUAGGAAGUGACUGCCAAAACUCAGUAAAAGUAGCUAAGGAGAAUUCGACAGUAGGUUAAUGAAUCCUUUCUGGUUCUUAACCUUAUCAUUAUUGCAAUGUAAUUCUGGAUGUUUCAUUGGCGGGCAUGUCCCCAGUUCUCUCACAUGCUAUUUUGUUUGUUUUUUUUAAGUUCUUAAUUCUUUAUAUAAUGAUUAUGUUAUUUAUGAGAAUAGCUUGUUAGGUGCUUGUCCCCGAAGAUCAAGUCAUGCUCAGUAUAGUUAUAUUUAUUGGUUACUUACUGUGUCACAUACUGUAGGAGUGGUUUAUGUGCACUGUCACCUUAUUCCUCAGAAGAGACUGCCAAGGCAGAUGCUGUCAUGUUACUGCCCCCAUGUUACAUCUGAGGAAACUGAGUUUUGCAGAAGUUAAAAUAUGAGUAAACUUGAAAGUGGCAGGUUUGAGAUUCAAAACAGGUGUGUUUGACUCAGGCAUCACUGCUCUUACAAUUAACAUAUUUUUUUCCGGUCUCUGAACAUGUCUUAUUUGUAAAUAUAUGUUGCUUGUUGUACUUGACAUAUAAGACUUUGAGAUUUUUUAUAGUAUUUAAAAAAAAUACUAUUAGGAUACUUUAUUCUUUGUAGAUUUUUGGUAUAAUAGAAAUGUUCAUCAUUAAUUUUUAAAAUAAUCAUACUUAUCUGUUAGGAAGUUUUUUCUUUUGAAAAGAUGUACAAUUUUAAAUUUACACUCUUCUUUGGUAAGCAGUAUGAAUUGGAUUUCGAGUUAUUAGGUUGUCAGCCAGAGGUUACUUACCAUGAUGUCAUGAUCUGUCGUUCAUAACAUCUGGAAGCAGCAACUACUUGGCUCAAAGGCAUCUUAGAAUAAUUACUUUUAUUUCUCUCUCUUUUUUAUAACAUCAGAUUUUAAAGGAGAUGUUUAUCAAAACUAUUUUACUUUAAGGAAAAACUGUGUAUUUGAGAAGGAGUAAAGAGACUUAAACAUUAUUUCUUUAAAAAAAACUUAUUUUUACAUGAAAACAAAAUAUAUUUGCGAUGUGCUUUGAUCAAAACUUUCACUUCUGUAUCCCAGAGCUACUUAUUUCAAAGUUAAAAAUUUUCACUUGUCAGCUGAUACUUGUGUAUUUUUGUGCUUAGAUUGUAAAUUUCACAGUGGAUUUUGAAACAUCCUUAAUUUGGAUAAAAGCAAGUGAUAUAUUUAUAAAGUUGCUGUAGAGAUAAAAAUGGUCAUUUCCAUUUUAUAAAAAAAACUACUGAUGUGAUUAUGUUUGUAGUUCUUUUUACGUCUGUUUAGCACAGGUUCUAAAUUUAAAAAUACAGUAUGGUCUGUACUGACCCUAAAAAUAUUCCAUAAAUUAAUUUAACAAAUAUAUGGCAAGUUUUUCAUAGCUAAAUCUAACUCUUCUAGAAGGAAAGGGUUGUCUUCUGUUUAAUUACAUUAAUUGAAAUGUGUUUAAGAGAAAUGUUUUCAACAUAUUUUGUAUACUAAAAAACAAAAAGAAUUAGUAUUGAGCCAAUGGCCAAUAGGUACUAUUACUACCAUGUAGACUAUUACUGUUCAAAUUGUCCCACUUCCCCCAGGAUUUUAGAAACUAGAAGUCUGGGAGAUUCUGUAUCAGCUGUAGUCGAGUGAUUCUAAGUAUGUAAAUACUAUUCAUCUUUCAAUUACUGUAUGAAAUGGAACAAAUGCCACGUUGCAAAAAUGCAUAAUUUUAUUAUGGUUUAUUUUUAGACAUAAAAUAUCAACAAGCCAUGAUUUGUGUGUUUUGUCUCAUGUUUACUCGUAGAACUACAUUAAGUGUGAUCUUGGAAUGUGAUUUGAAAUGCUUGCCGCCUUUGUCUGCUUGGUCAGAUACUUAACUGAUGGCAUUACUCGGUAGAUUCUAACCUGUGAUAAUUGUGGAAUAAAGAAUAAUAUAAAAUGUGAGACUAUGUUUGGGCUCUUACUCUUUGUUUAUAUUAUGUAUUAUGACAUUGUAACAAAUUUAACAAAUUUCCAAAUUGAGCAGUUCUGUAAUUGUAACCAUUGAUGCUUUUCAUGUAGCAAAACAUGCUUAUGAUAAGUGAAUAGAAGUUCUCCAAAAUGCUUUUUUUUAAUUCACUUGUGACUGUUACUCUUGUAAUUGUGUAUGACAAAAUAAAAUUUGUAAAUGUUUUAGCAUGAAAAAUAAAAUUUGUAUCAGUCAAGUAA